AUGGCGGCUGCGAAGUGGCUAUGCUUCGUUUGCUGCAUGUGGAUUCUUUCUACAGCCGGAACGUCUGGAACAUUCGCCAUUUACUCACCCGUCCUGAAAGCCGUAGCAGGUUAUGAUCAAAAGCACAUUCAGGCGCUAGCCGUAGCCAAGGAUGUUGGAGAAAGCGUCGGUCUAGUUGCGGGUAUCUUGUGCGACUGGCUACCAGGAUGGCUUAUGCUUCUGGUUGGUGCACUGCACUAUUUGACUGGAUUUGGUGGUCUGUGGCUCGUAGCUUCGCAGCGCAUUCAGCCGCUACCGUUCUGGCAGAUGUGCUCGUUAAUUCUAGUUGGAGCUCAAGGGACCGCUUGGUUCAACACAGCAGCUCUUGUGACCUGCAUGCGCAAUUCUCCAAGAUCGCGAGGACCAGUUGUUGGCGUCCUGAAAGGACUGGUUGGCCUUUCGAAUGCCAUUCUCUCUCAAGCUUACUCAGCUUUUCUAGCUCCGAACCAGCCGUCGUUUCUCUUGGUCCUUGCCGUCGUGCCUUUGGCUGUUGCCGUACCAACCAUGAGCUUCGUCAGGUCAGAAAACCGGGUCUUGUACGAUGAUAUUGAGGAGAAAAAGAGCUUCGAAAAAGUCGUCAUGUCCUGCACGGGCCUGGCGUGCUAUCUUCUUGUUGCAAUCUUCGUUGAAGAUCAGAUGGAACUAACAUCUCAGAUCCGGGCGUGGAUUUUUGCUGGAAUGCUGUUCUUUCUGGUUACACCUUUGGCUGUCCCGGCUGCCCACUUCUUUGAAGAGUUUCACCUGAAUUGUUUUCAUAUUCCAAGAAGAGAUGAACAGUGCGAUGGAGAGGUGGAUAUAAGAGAGGCUGAUGACAAGCUUCAACCACUAAUUCAUCGAGUGUUAAGCACCGACUCCAUAUUUUCCGACUUCAGUCCGUCUGAGACACCAGCUGACGAUGGCAAAGAAAACCAGCCUCUACACUGCAGUCCACAUGCACAUUUAAGCUCAGAAAUGAGUGAUCAGGAGUCAGGGGACUUCAGCCACUCUCAAAAAGCUUUGUUGGUGCCUGACCAGGAGAGGACAAACAAUUCUCACCCAGUCCUGGAUGUUCAUCAUAGGGGACUGGACGAAGCUGUUCACAGACAGCUGAACAGGAGGAGGAGUUCCCAGAUCCUCUUAGCAGUGGGAGAAGGCGCUGUACGGACGAGAAGGAAGGGGCCCAGACGUGGUGAAGACUUCACACUCGUUGAAGCUCUCCGAAAAGCAGACUUUUGGCUCCUUGUAUUUUCAUACAUUUGUGGCUGUGGAUCUGGAUUAACUGCAAUCAACAACCUGGCACAAAUGGCAUCCUCCCAGGGCUACAGCCGGGUGCAACUGUUUGUGUCGCUGGUUAGCGUGUGGAACUUCAUUGGCCGUCUUGCUGGAGGUUAUUGUUCGGAGCACCUCGUCAAGACUUACCUCCUUCCAAGGCCAUUGCUGCUUCUUGUGGCACAGCUUGUUAUGUCAGCUGGUCAUGCCAUUUACGCCAUAGCCUUCCCAUACUCUUUGCACAUCGGCUCACUCAUUGUCGGGCUUUGCUAUGGUGUUCACUGGUCUGUGAUGCCUGCAACCGUGAGUGAGCUCUUUGGCCUGAAGAAUUUUGGCUUAAUAUUCAAUGCAGUGGCGGCUGCCACUCCAGUGGGUUCGUACCUGUUCUCAAGCCUGAUCGCCGGGUACCUUUACGACUACGAGGCACACAAGGGUCGAUUGGAGGUCCCUGAUUUGUCACAGCUCACGAGUCCCUGUGCUCCAAUUGCUAGUGACAAAACAGGUGUUGAUCUGCAGCAUACCCAAGCAAGGAUUAGAAGAAUGUCGAAGCGAGAGCGAGAAGUGCAGUUGACGUAUGAGGAGGUUUCGAAGCACUUCGCGUCGACGCUUGUCGACGCAUCGGCUCGUCUGGGUGUAAGCACUGCUAUUCUGAAAAAGAUAUGCCGUGAAAACGGCAUACCCAAGUGGCCCUUCAGAAAAAUCGCAUCGGGCAUGACAAUAGAGGAGAUUAAGCGAGGCGCAGCAGAAGACCUAGCAGAAGAGCAAGCAGCAGGCACAACCACCGGCACCACCAGCAGCACCGGAGACACAUCCCCCCACUCCUCUUCCCCCACUCCCCCUCCCGCAUCCUCCUCCGCUCACUCCCACCACCCCUCCCUCCUCUCACCCGCUCCCCAGUCCCCCUCCACCGCCCACCUCUCACCCGCUCCCAAAUCCCUCGCCACUGCCCGUCUCUCCGCACCCUCACCUACCCUGCAGCAUGCCGCUUCGCCUGCCAUGCACGCUCCUUCGUCUCACCCCUCUCAUCCCUCCCAUGCCCCAUCCCCCGCCCAAGCCUCCUCUCUGCCCUCGCUCACCCCGCUGCUGCCAGGAGCAGGCAUGCAGGUCCCAGUGGCUGUUUCCCCUUAUGCCCUCAGGACCCCUGCUGCUGCGCUCCCUUCCUCUGCUGCUCUCCCUUCCACUGCAGCUGCGGUUCCUGCUGCUGCGAGUGCUGCUUCUGCGUUCUCCCAGUCCCAGGGAGGGGGAGGCGGAAGCGUUGGAAGAGAGAAUUCCCCUCAGCAGGUAGGAGCAAGAGGGAGUGGGGUAACGGGGAUCUCUCCUCACCAUCUCACUGCAGUCACUCCUCUACUCGCGGCCGUUUCUUCCUUAACCCCUUCUCCUGCUCUCACCACACCUCCUUCUGCCAUUCAGUCCCAGCGGCUUACCCCUCCUCCUCCUCCCCCUCCUGCUGUUGCUGCUGUGGCUGCGGCUGCUUCGAAUUCCCAUGCCCCGUCGGCCUCUCUCGCACGCCCACCUGCUGCCUCCACUGGUGCUGCUGCUGCGCCUGCUACUCCUGCUGCUGCUGCGGCAGGAGUGGCGGGAGCAGCAGGUCGGACUGGAGCUUAUGCAACAGCAAUGGGAGCUGGGCGGCUUGUUUCGGCACUUCCUCCCGUGCCAGUGUCUUUUACAAUGGUGCCACAUGCAGCUGCUGUAGCAGCAGGAGGUGGAGCAGCAGCAGCAGGUGGAGGGGCAGGAGGAGGAGGAGGAGCAGGCGGGGGGACAGCAGGAGGAGGAGGAGGGGUAGCAGCAAGUGGAGCACGAGCAGUAGGAGCGCCAGCAGCAGCAGCAGCAGCGACAGGGACAGUGGUGCCAGCUGUAGCAGGGACUGUAGCAGCAACGGGAAGAGGGUCCGGGGUUGGGGCAGGCAGAGGAGGAGGAGGGGGAGUUAGGGGAAGAGAGGGAGGAGGAAUAGCACCAUUAGCAGCAGCAGCAGCAGCACCGCUGGCAGCACCAGCAGCACCAGCAGCACCAGCCGCAGCAGCAGUAACCAUGGGUGGUGGUGCUGUUGAGAGGAAGGCUCAAACAGCAAUAGCAAACACGGGUGGCAACUUCCGUCCUAUUCUCGUCAAGGGUCCAGCAGCAGCAACAGCAGCUGCUGCUGCUUCUGCUACUACUGGAGGGACAGUCACCACUGCUCCUCGUGCUGCUGCCCGUGCUGCUGCUGCUGCUCCUCCUCCUCCUGCUCCUGCUGCUGCUCCUCCUGCUGCUGCUGCUGCUCCUCCUGCUCCCUCCGGCAUUACCACCACCAUGGCACCACCAGCAGCAGUUUCCACACCAAAUGCUCCUGCAGCUGACACUGAUAUCGAGGAGUAUUAUAACGAGGAUGACGCCACUGCAGCGGCCACUCUAGCAGCAGCAGCAGCAGCAGCAAGAGCAGGGAGAGUGAGAGGAAAAGUCCCAAGUGCCUUUGACCUGGCCCUGUCUUUGCCUCUGCAAAACCCCCCAGCCUUCCCCUUCCCGUUCCCCCUGCCACUGGCGCAACGACACGACACCAGAGCCCUGAGACAGCUAUCUGCCCCUGUCGCGCGAUCACCAGAACAGCAUCAAAGCCACGCUAAUGAGCUUCCUGUUUCUUCUGGGGGAGGUGUCGUGAAGGUUGAAGCUUCUGAUGGUGUGGGUUUUGCUGCCAGAGGUGGAGCGGCAGCAGGAAGGGAAGGGGGACGAACAGCCAAUGCUGCUGCAGAAGCACGGGGUAUAUUCAAGGUUGAGUCGGUGCUUGGUGCUACCGCAGCAGGAACAGCAGGUGUGGUGGAUUGGGGGGAAGAGGUGAGGUCAAGUGUACUGAUGCAGUUCAGAGAGGGCUUCCCUGCUGCUGGCUUGCCGUGGGACGCGCUUAAGUGGUGGGGUAAGGAGGGAGGGAAUGCAGGCGACAUAGGUGGUGUGGGAGGAGUGAGAAGAGUGGGCGGAGGGGAUUUAGUUUGCAAGGCUGACAGGGGAACUGGGGAGGAUGAGAGUGGUGCUUCGAAGGGUGUUGUGCUGGGUUGUGGGGUGGAAGACAAGGAGAGGGUGGAAGAGGAGGAGGGUCGAUUGGAGGAAGUGGGUGAGGAAGAGGAGGAAAGGCAUGAGAUGGAUGAAGAGGGGCAAAGAGGGAAGCUUGGGGAGGAGAAAGAGCAGCAGGAGGAGAAGGGGAAAGAGAAUGAGAAGGUUACAGAGGAGAAGAGGAAGGAGGAGGAGACCAUGAAGCAGGAGAAGGGGAAAGUGGAGGAGGAAGAGAGAGGGAAGCAGGAGGGGAAGAGGAAGCGGGAGGAGAGCACAUUAGAGAUGGCGGAGAGGCUGGUGGGAAUGCAUCGGGCAGCAGUGGGGAGGGCGAGGGUGGGCAGGCAGAGUGCGGUGGCACGGGGGUAUGCAAGCCCUGCGAGUGGUGCCGACCUGGCUGUGCUGUCGUUUGUGUUCGGGGCUUACACUCCCCGCCAGUGGUGCCGCGAUGGGUAG